AUGGCACUGUUGACAUUUCGAUACAGAUACUUUAGCGGUGGCGGAGGCUCAGGGGCCCCCUCUUCCACGAAGAGCAACCUCAACAAGCUCUUCGACAGUUUACGAGACGACAAGAAUUCGCCCGACACUGUAGGACCUGAGGGCGCGAUGGGAUAUUUCGAGAAGCUCGGCGUGGAUCUCGAAGGCAUGGACGCGUUGGCCGUCAUGGAAGUCAUCCAAGCACCUACCAUGGGAGAAUUAGGCCGCGAAGGAUUCGUUGAAGGCUGGUCGUCACUCAACGCGGACACGCUCGACAAGCAGAAGGCGCAUUUAAAGUCUCUCAAGCAGCGGCUGCCAACCGACAAGGCCGCUUUCGACAAAGUCUACAAGUACACAUUCCUCCUCGGCAAGCCUGCUGGCGCCAAGGCUGUUCCUCUCGACUCCGCACUUGCUUUCUGGGAGCUGCUCUUCACUUCACCGCUGUCCGCAAUGCGGUGGUCCACACCGACCUCGCCGUGGUCCGAAUGGUGGACCGAGUUCCUCAACUCUGAGUGGAAGAAGAGCGUCAAUAAGGACAUGUGGAACGAGACGCUCAAGUUCGCCAAGCUGACGCUCGAGGAUGAGGCGAUGAGCUUCUGGGACGAGUCGUCGUCGUGGCCGUCUGUCAUUGAUGAUUUCGUGGAGUGGGUCAAGAAGGAGAAGCGGCCUAGCCAAGACACCGUCGACGAGAUGGAGGAGUAGGAUGGAAUGUAUCGUUCACAAGACAUGUGACAAGCAUCUCUGUCAGCGGGUAUCUUCACCGAAUGGUAUUGAUCGAAAGCACGCUGGGAUGGGCAAGGCCUAGGCGGUAGACGGAUAUAGGCGCAUGAUUACAUUCGCGGGCAGCAUCACAUACCCUCCGUCCACACAGAUUUG